AUGGCGCUCAAUCUCCUCCAGCGGUGGGGGCAGAAAGUGUUCCUACUGCUGAUACUUAGCAAUGUCGGUUUCGCACUGGUCCCUCCUCUCUCAAAUUCUCUUGAUUAUCCGUUUGCUUCGCUACGUUUUGCCACCCGUGAAUCUGAAGGUGACGGCUGCCUCGACUACCUCUGUACCAUAACGACGUGCGGCUCUAGCUCCUGUGACAUUGGGCCCUUGAGAAGAAGCGGCUGCCAUGAUGGUUCGAGCGAUCAGCCACUUCGCCAUCAGGUAUGGAACGACACAUCGUUCAGUUAUGCAGGGGUUUCAAGGGCCGAGCUGGAUAAGCUCCUCCGCGGCGGCUCUUUGACGAAGAGGGUGUUUAAGACGGACGACAAGGGAUGGGGUGCCCGUGAGCUAGACGAGUACUUACCCAAGCUCGUCGAGGGCGAAGAUUCCGAUUUUAAAGGCCGUUACUUUGACCUUAUCGAAGACAAAAAAGAGAAUACAGUUUCAGGGGAAUUCGUAUUCAGGGGGGAGGAGGAGUUCACGGUCGGUACAGGUGGUUUGCACGGCUGCACCAUUGUCACCAUCGUCAGCAACCGUGCGGUUCAUAUAGGGCACUACUGGGAAGUGUCCGCGAUGGGCGGCAAGGUCGACGAUUUUGAUCCCGUUACUUUUCUCCCCACCGACCCCCGAGGAAUCAACUUCCAGAAGCGUGUCCUCAACGCCAUCGUGGGUGGUGAAAGGGACCCCGAAACCGCGGGUGACCCGUUCAACCCAUGGCUAUAUAAUCGAGCCACGGACCAAACGCGCGUUAUCAUCACGUCACCGUCGGUGUGGGACUGGCGCGGUCCGACGGUAGACGGCAUUGGCCCCGAGACUUGGCUGUACCGGAACCGUAUCGACCAGAUCAUCGACGCCAUCCUCGGCAAGUUCGUCGCCAACAAGCCCAAGGUCGUUGUUCUUCCAUACAAGCGGCUCCUCUGGAGCAUGGACAGAAACGGGGAACCCGUAGGGCAGGACGCGCACCUCGUCGACAAGACCGCGCGCGGCAGCGCGUUCUUUCAAUACAGCGGAGAAUACAAAGGCUCGUACUGGAGAUUGUUCUAUGAAUACACUAUCUACAGAAUGGGGGACGAGCAGUGGAUUGGCGAGCAUCAGCCGGGGCCGGAAUGA